AUGUCUUGCUACGACCUGUGCCCCACCACCAGCAGCAUCGCCUGCCCCCAGCCCAUCACUAACAGCUGCAAUGAGCCGUGCAUCCGCCAGUGCCCUGACUCCACAGCCCUGAUCCAGCCGCCCCCCGUUGUCGUCCCCUCCCCCGGCCCCACCCUCAGCCCCUCCCCCCAGCAAGCCGUGGUGGGCUCCUCCGGAGCACCCGCCUUUGGGGGCUCCCUGGGGCUGGGGGGCCUCUACGGGUCUGGGGGCCUCUACAGUUAUGGGGGCUCUCUGGGAUAUGGGCCCCAAUACAAUGCUCAGUCUACAGCACUGACAUUGCUCAACGGUACUUAA